CGCUUACCGCUUGGCAGGCAGCAGUACGGUAACGCGUUUGAUUCUUGUACUUAUACGUCCAUCUGGUACCGGGUUCUCACGAUGGCAGCAAGCACAACAAUCACGAUACUAUACUCAGCAUCUUUCUCCGCCACGACGUCGGUCUAGCAGGACAGCAUCACAGAACUCACCAGUACAGCGUCAAGUUAAAGCCACACGGAAUCAACAUGAAUCCAUUCACUUUCAGGGCCACUCACCAUCCAAGCACUCCAGCAGACAUGGGAACACCAAUCAAUUCAGGCGCGAUGGAAGCAUUGAUCGAUCAGCCGGGACCCAUCGAGGUGAAGACAAUUGCGGCGGACUGGGUGGCAAACCUAAACGGUCUCCUCAAUCUUAACGACCCAAAAGCCGUACAAGCAGGCCUCAAGAACCGCAAAGAGUCCAUCAAGAUCUACGCACAUGUCAUUCGCCAUCCCACGAAAGGCUUCUUUUUGGUGGACACUGGUGUCUUGCGGCGAUUCGUGGAUGAGCCAGCCAAUGUCGGAGUUGGUUGGACGCUGCGAAACUACGCCAUGAUCGAUCAGAUGCAGCCUCACCAAAGCACACUGGAAAUCAUCGAAGCCGAAGGAGUUCCACCGAAUGGGAUUUUUAUGACACAUCUGCACAUGGAUCAUGUGUCUGGCCUUCCCGAUAUUCCCAAGGAGACUCCGAUCUACGUUGGACCACAUGAGGCCGAGUCAACCCUUUUGCUGAAUAUGUUCAGCCAAAGUACCACUGACAACCUAUUGGAUGGGCGACCACCACUCCGAGAAUUCAAGAUUCCGAGAGACGCCGAUGGCAAGUUUGAGGGAGUUAUCGACGUUUUCGGCGAUGGCACGUACUUUGCUAUUCUGACGCCUGGACACACUGCCGGUCAUCUGGCCUUCGUCGCUCGCACGCCAACUGGCCCCGUGCUUAUGACCGGCGACGUGUGCCACACACGGUGGGGAUGGGAGAAUGGCGUCGAACCUGGCAGCUUCCUCGCCGAACGUGAUCCAAGCCGCGAUAGUCUUCUCAGACUGAAGGCGUUGAGCGAUCGUCACCCAAACAUGAUGGUCAAACUUGGGCACCAAGAUUGAACCGAAACCCACCUUUUCCACAGCCUCUGUACAUACCAUAGCAGUGUUUAUAGACCACGGUACCGCAUGUGACUGCGGGUGUUCAUCGCUUGCUUCCAGCUCGCGGAUAUUCCACUGUCCACUGUGAAGGACGACUUCCCCGCACGAAUUCCAUUGCAUCCCUUCUCCUUCUAUAGCCGUGGAGCUCUCGUCAACGCAUUACGAAACGCGAUUCUGCUCGCAACAUCGAU